AUGAAGUUGCCCCUCUUCGCCACCUUGUUUUGGGCGACAUAUGCUAUGGCUGCGCCCUCCAUAUCGAAUGGGCUAGAAAAGCGCUAUCCAACCGGCUCUUUUUCUCUAAUUGCCUAUGGUGUCGCUAAUUCAGCCGUCAAUGUUUUCUAUUCCGAUGGACUUGCGUAUGUUGGCGACGCUUCCAAAUGGGAGGGAUCGGUGACUACCGACAUCACCUUUGUCUUCAAUGAUACCCGACUGUAUGCUACUGCCGCCAACACUGAUAUCAUACUAGAUGAUGACACGACCUUCUACAUCCGUCCCACUGCCAACCAGAUACUACCUGUUGGCUUCACUGGAAAUGGCAUCGAGACUCCCAGUGAUGCAGUGGUUGCCAAUUUCCUUUUUUACGGCAGAUAUAUCAUGUGGCAAGACGAGAGUGGUGUUUUGAGUGACUCCUUCCGUGUCAAGGAGACAGAUGUUACUGAUGUAUACCAACUUUACUGGGACACUUCGAAUCUUUACCCGGCUGGCUUCGUGUCUCCGGUCGUGAAAUCUUCGGUUUAA